CGACUUUAUAAUCCUAACUGAACCAAAUGGCUAACGUGGUUGAUAUAUUAUUUUCCCGUUUGUCCAUUUUACUGUUCAUCUCCUUGGCUCACACUCAAAACAAUAUCGUUUUCCAGCCGUCAUUUCUCACUGCAACCGGGCCAACGGUCACUGCGCUUUUGCUCGGAAACACGUCGGAAAUCUCUCUGAAACUGAGGACUGUAUCUCCAUCAAAUACAACAGGAAGCAUUGGUUCUCCAUGGUGUGUAGCUGAGGUAACACAGUGGGUGCUCACAAAGGAGCAGGUUGGAAAGACUGCAGUUCGGGUUCAGCUGAGACUGGACAGAAGUCUGCGUUUGUGUGGUGAGAAUGAGACGGACACAGACUGCUGUCCACAACCACUGUGUGUCCUGGAGACCCUUCAGGUGUCGGCCUGUGUAGGUGAAACACCUCAGGCAUCACUGCUAAUCCAGGCCAAGAUAUACGCCCUGUUGGUUUCUGCUAAUGCUGGAUUUGAUAAUAAAACAGUCAUUCCAAACCAAGUGUACCAACCACUGGGCUCUUGUCCCUGUGACCUCACAUUCAGAGCAUGUGAUGUACGCUGCUGCUGUGACAAGGACUGCUCUAUUGAAGAUUUGCAGCUGUUUACAUCCCACUGUCUCCCAGGGCCCUUUGGUGGACAGGUUGCUCCUGCUCCAGAUUAUCAGUGCUCUGUGCAGUCCUCUGAAAACUCCCCAGAUUGGUUUCCGUUUUUAUGUGUCAAUUCUCCACCUGAAAACAACCCUUACCUUGGACUCUUUUACCAGGGAGACACCAUCACAUCUCAACCUGGCCCAUCCUUCCAAGGGCCUCACCUGUCAGCUCCGGUGCCAGCUAAUGUUUAUAUUCAAGGGAGUCCUAUUUUCACAAUAAAUGAUCAGUACUUCACCAUUCCUCAGAAGGUGCUCGGGCAGUGUGUAAACAGGGCUCCUGUAGCAUUUUUGAAAAAUUUCAAAGUCAAGUGUGUAACUCUGCUACGCUCCUGUCCAGCUGGACCUCCCUUACAGACACCACUAGCAAAUUUGAGGAUUAAAGUAAAGAAUGGGCAAGGGGGUGAUGUUAUUGUGGAUGUUACGGAUAAAGUGGCCAUUGACUUAAGUCAGUUUAUUUCAAGCACAGAUGCUUCUUCAGAUGAGGGGCUUGUAUGUGAGAACGUGACCUUAGCGCUGGAUUACAAAGUGUACUGGAAAGGAAAUGGCAUCACAAGUAUCACACUGUCUCGCACUGUUGGGAACAUCACUUUAAAUGGUCGUAUGGCGUUAACUACUAGAUAUUCUGCCGUGUUUAUAAAUGGAGAAGGUGCCGGUGAGCCUAACUCAGGGAACCCAGGUUAUCAGGUGGGAAGGCCUGUUAUUGCUGGAAUUGUGGACACUUUCGACAAUGAUACAGGCUCAGUGCAGAGGACGUCAGUCAAUCUUUGGAAACCAGUGAAUGAUGGACUCUGCUCCACUGCUGAGAUGAAAUCAGUUCUAUUUGGGCAAAAUUCGACAUCAGGAUGUCUGCUGCCCGUCAGCCGACAGAAUCUGACUCACUGUGAUCUCCUGAGGGAGACUGUUGCUUCUCUCCAGGCUGCAUUGAUUACAGCUACAUAUGUGGCUAAGAGUGGAAACCCAGAUCCUCUCACUAUGACAGACUGGGUGAACAUAAGCUUUGUGACACAGAACUCAAGCUCAGCUAUGGAAGACUCUGAAAGUUCAUGCCAUGGAGUCCCGUCCCACCUACAGAUCCAUGUCUGGAGUCUCGUCACUGGCGUGGUAGAUGGCUUAUCUCAAAGGGAUAUCCAGGCUUUGCAAGUCAGCUAUAGUCUUUCUUCCUGGGCACUGGAUUGUGGAGGAGGUGAUGUCGCUCCAUGUGUGGAUCCAGUGGAGACUCAGUUGUUCCCCAUCACCUCCUCAGUCACCUUUAUUGAUAUUCCCAUCAACACAGGACCACCAAAAACCAGGUUUCAGAUCAACUUUACAGAGUAUGACUGUGAUAGGAAUGAUGUGUGUUGGCCUGAGCUUGCCUUCCCUAUCACCAGGUAUUACACAGGUGAGCCAUAUUCUCAGUCACUGGCUAAGGGUCUUAUCUUAGUUUUCUUCUUUAUCGCUGCCUCGAUUCUUGGGACUCCAUGGAGACAAAUCCGACAGGCUUGGAACUAGUGCUGCUCUCAAACUGUAGAGAAAGACACACAGAUGGAGGGAUAAUGGGACAUUGAGAGGUUAAAAAAAGAUUAUGUAUUUAAAUGUCACUGAAAUGAAAUUACACCUUUUUCAAUUCUAGUUUUUUACAUGUAUGUAAUAUGUUUGGGAAUGUAAAUAUUUGUAU